CUGCGCGGCUGUCGUUGCCCUGGGGACCCCGCGGCGGCGGCCGCGCCCGCAGACUCAAGUCCUGAGUCAGGGGCCUUUGGCAGCGGCCGGGCCGCAGACCUGCGGAGGGGCCCCUCCCCGGGCGGGGUGUGCCCGCUGAGCCAUAGAGUGGGCACCCGGGCUCCUCCGGGGGACUCCGGGGCUUUGGGGGUCCCCGUCAUGCGGCAACUGGCCCUGCCCCUGCCGGACCAUCCCAGGCUGCCGCGCGCUCUCUCCUCCGUGCCUGCUGGGCGACGUCUGACCACGCAUCCCUGACCCUGGGCUCCACCGGCAGCCCCAGCAGGAGCCCCUCCUGGGUCGGCUGGGUCGCCAUCACCCUUGAGAGCUGGCCCCCGGACUAUGCCGUCCAAGUUGGCGUGCCUGGGGCAUUCAGAGGCAUCUCCCCCGCAGCCCACCGCCCAGGGGCAUCUGCAGCCCGAAGGCAGAAUGCUGAAGGGACAGCUUCCCAACGCAGGCCAAGACCUCGUGCCCCACCCAGGGUCCCUGCCCACCAACGGCUGUCAGGGCCCCGAGAAGAGCCCCGUGCCCCCUCUGAGCCUUCCAGCGGGUAUCGGCAAUGAGGACCCACAAGCCAAGGCAAAACCCUUCACCCCAAAGCCACCGACGAGGCCCAGGCUGGAGCGAGCUCUGUCGCUGGACGAGAAGGCGUGGAGGAGGCGGCGCUUUCGAACCAGCCACGAGGACCUGGCCACGCGCAGUGGGACCAGCCCCUCCAGGGGCUCUUUGCGGGACGAGGCCCCCCAGCCCCCCACCCACACUGGCUCCCCACCCUGCCUGAGCACCUCCUUGCAGGAGAUCCCCACGUCCCGCAGAGCCCAGGGCAGUACGGGAGGGGGCCCCUCCUCCUGGGGUCACUGUAUCUCCGGAAUGAUCAGCACCUCCCUGGACCUCCUGCACCGGGACGGGGCCUCGGCGGGGAGCACCGCCAGGCUGCCCGCCGUGGACCAGAAGGCGGCCUCCAACCCGCCGUGGACCGCAAACUCCACCGGCAAGUCCCGCCUGCAGAGCAGACUGUUCCGGGCCCACAGCAGCCUGGGCCCCGGCCGGCCCCCGAGCCCCCUGGCCUGUGAUGCCAAACCCUCCUUCAGCCUCCUGGCACCCAUCCGCGCCAAGGACGUCCGAAGCAGGAGCUACCUGGAGGGGAGUCUCCUGGCGAGCGGGGCCCUGAUGGGGGCGGACGAGCUGGCCCGGUACUUCCCGGACCGCAGCAUGGCCCUCUUCGUGGCCACCUGGAACAUGCAGGGCCAGAAGGAGCUGCCCCCGAACCUGGACGAGCUCCUGCUGCCCGCCGAGGCCGACUACGCCCAGGACCUGUAUGUCAUCGGGGUCCAGGAGGGCUGUUCCGACAGGCGGGAGUGGGAGGUGCGCCUGCAGGAGACGCUGGGCCCCCGCUACGUGACGCUGUACUCCACGGCCCACGGGGCGCUCUACAUGUCCGUGCUCAUCCGCAGGGACCUCAUCUGGUUCUGCUCAGAGGUGGAGAGCUCCACGGUGACCACGCGCAUCGUGUCUCACAUCAAGACCAAGGGGGCCCUGGGCGUCAGCUUCACCUUCUUCGGCACCUCCUUCCUCUUCAUCACGUCUCACUUCACCUCCGGAGACGGGAAGGUGAGCGAGAGGCUGCUGGACUACAGCAGAACCGUCCAGGGCCUGGCGCUGCCCAGGAGCGUGCCCGACACCAGCCCCUACCGCUCCGACGCCGCGGACGUCACCACCCGGUUCGAUGGGGUGUUCUGGUUUGGAGACUUCAACUUCCGUCUGAACGGAGGGCGUGUGGCCGUGGAGGCCAUCCUGAAGCAGGACCUGGGGGAGAAGGUGUCUGCCCUGCUCCAGCAUGACCAGCUCACCCAGGAGAUGAAGAAAGGGUCCAUCUUCAAAGGCUUCCAGGAGCCGGACAUCCAUUUCCUCCCCUCGUACAAGUUUGACAUUGGAAAGGACUCCUACGACACCACCUCCAAGCAAAGGACCCCCUCCUACACGGAUCGGGUCGUGUACAGGAGCCGCCACAAGGGCGAUAUCUGUCCGGUCAAGUAUUCCUCCUGCCCUGGCAUCAAGACGUCCGACCACCGCCCCGUGUAUGGUCUGUUCCGGGUGAAAGUGAGGCCAGGGAGAGACAACAUCCCCCUUGCUGCUGGCAAGUUUGACCGCGAACUAUACUUGAUAGGAAUUAAAAGACGCAUUUCCAAAGAAAUUCAGCAGCAGCAGGCACCAAAGGAUCAGCAUUCCAGCACAAUCUGUACGGUCUCUUGAGGCUUGCCCGAGGACACUCGCACCCACAACAUGGGAGGCCACGUGGCCACAGCCCCCUGGAGAAGUCGGAAGAGACUGCGGAAUGAAAGAUUUCUGGGACGCCGACUAACCAUUUCUCGAGGCCAACACGCUUCGUCACCAAGAACCUAACAGGAGGCCAGUGAGGCGGUGCUGAGGCACCCGUGUCCCCUGCCCGGCACGAAGCCGGCUGCACUCAUUUACAGCAUGUCCCCAAGCGCAGGCCCCCAGAUGGCCACAGCACACCCACGGUCCCUUAGGCCAGCGUGGGUCGGGCAGUUCUGCCUGCUGGCACAGACGCGCCCAGAGCCGACGUCGGCAGCGCCCCAGCAGCCCCUCAGAUGCAGACCAGGAGGUGCCUUCCCCAUCCGAGUCCAGGGGCCCCGUAACCGAAUCGGGGGGAGCACUCUGGGUCAGGCAGCUGGGAGCUUCGGUCCCACCAGUGCGCACGAGGACCGAGCCCAGGCCUGGCCGGUCAGGUCAAAGGCAGCCGACUUCCAGGGAGAACGCCGGUCCUGCUGCAACAGGCCAGGGAGGGACGAGGCAGCCUGGCCUGUUGGGGGUCGCCUCUGAUCUCAGGCGGCUGGCCUCGCCCUUCCAGCCACGAAACCAUCUCCCUCUCCUCUCCUGGUUUUUGGUGACUUGAGAGCAUUUGCUUUCGUAUUGCCGGCUACAAACAGCAUUGACGUUAAGUAGUGUGUCUCCUGGCCUGAGAAACUCUGGAAGUUUAGGGUGCCACCACCUUGCCAGCCCGGGCCGGCCCCCUUCCAUGUUCCCGCCUGUGUUAGAGGGCCCAGAGCCCAGUGUCGCCCAUGAUCACUCUUAAAAACCAUAGGCUUUGACUGUGGGGAAACCUAGGGGCAUUCGGUCUAGUCUUUAAAGUUAUUUAUUUUUCCGUAUUUAUAUUUUUAAAUAAAUCCAUAUAUAAAAUCUGAAA